CAGAAGGCAGGUUUGAUUCGGGUCAAAACAAGGCCAGCUUGUACGCCUGAAACCACGUUUUGCUGUACUCCGCUACACCGCCACGUUAGUUGGUUGCUUGAGUUGAAUUCAAACGAGUUUAACACGUUUAAAUCAUGUCUGUUCAACAGUGCUUAGCUUGUAAUGCCGUGGUGAGUAGACCAUGUCUGAAUCAUGUUAUUAUUGGCUGGUGAAUUUCUCUAUGUCGCUUGUGUUUAAUACAUGUGCUUUAGUUGUUGUCUGGUAUAAAGGAGCGAAAUUAAUUCACAUCGCGUCGAAAUGAUGUUUUCUCAAACUCGGUAGUCUUGAAUCUGAGAGUCUUCCGCUUCACUGAAUCUCUGGAGCUUAACCACAAAAUGUACGCUUCUCAAAUAUACGUACUCGACAAAGCGACAAAUUUUCGCACGCUAGAGAUAUUGAUUCUACCAGAAUACAGACUAAUGAACAUUGGGUAACAGUAAUUUAUGCAUCUUCGAGACUAAACGCCCCGAAACUUUAGAACCGAUAAGAAAACGCAUGGUCUGGCAAAGCAAACAGCUGUCGUGCGUAAACAACAUAGACUUGGUACAAUUCCGGUAUUUUUAACCAAAGACUGUUUCUUGAAUUGAACAGGAAAGAGGCCCAUUUUAAAAAUCACGAAUCGCUCUUGUCCUCUUGGCCAAGAAUCAACGAUUGCCGAGGAUUGUAGUCACGUCCGGAGAGCGUAAAUGAUCAGUGGUAAUCUGUAUGAAUACGAAACUUUUAUCAGCAGAGGCCGAAACUUUUGUCUAAUAUGAGCUUAAUCCCCUUAAAGGUAAAGUCCAGAGUCGAAAAUAACCUAUCUGUGUUUUAGCUAGUAUUUCAAAGAGCCUUACGCGGCAAUCAUUCUGGCCCUGACUCGACUGCAAACAUAAAGCUUCAAGAUUCUAGAAACUUGUUCGUGUCACCUGGUGCUGUGCGGAUGCAGGCCCGAUUGCUGAAAAUGAGCUCCAAAUUUUUAUUUUGCAACCAAAACAAGGCGAAUUAACAAGAAUGCGGUUAACUUGUGGAUGCGUUAUAGGAUUAAUUUAAUAUAGAGAUCCAGGCAGAAAGUGAAGAUUAUCAAGAUUUCACCCAAAGUUGGAUCCACAGUACGCCCCGGCCGGAUAAAGUCAGAGCGUAACUUUCCUUUUAAGAGCAAAAGGUUCUAAAAGGUAAUUACUCUACGAUAACUAUUCACCUUAGCCACAUACCUUCGGUUUUGGCGCUGAAGAAAGGACUACAUGCACAUUUUAACUUUAUUCAAGUCCACCAUGCUUUAAAAAAAAACCGUAGCCUUUUAAUACAGCUGAACAGAACCUUGAUAUUCCUUGCGAGUACCUCUGGGCGAAUCGGAGCAUGCCAUGUGUCUAUAGAAAGCCUACUAGCAAGCACUCCGGAGCGCUCUCCUUAAACUGGAAGUUAACUAAAUUAAAGAGCGAACUACAGCCCUCCCCAGCUGUCAUAAGGGCCCCUGAAGAGUUUCAAUUCAGAGAGAUCAUUGUUCACUUCACUUAUUUCGUUCUUCAUGCACCGAAGAAUGCUGAUAACUGGAUAACGCGACAGACAGUGAGGAAAGGGCCUUAUCGGCGACUGACGGAAAAAAAUAGAACAAGAGUAACAGAAGUUUUGUCUCCUGAAUAAGUGAAUAACGCCCUUUUUUGGAGAAUAAUGGAAUAACGAUUUCCUUUGUCCGGAAUAACAAGAUUUUAUAACAUGGAACAAGAGAGAAUUCUCUUGCAUGGAAUAACUAAAAUUUCCGAGCAGGAAUGAUAGAAUUAUGAACAUCCUAUUAUUCUUCUUUUCUUAUCGAAACCUUUUCCAGCCCCGACUUGUUAACGAGACUUGGUUAUUUUUGUCUACUGCGCUGACUGCCAAUGUUAAGAAACCGUCACUGAUGUGAAAACGUAAUUCUCGAAUUUAGGCUCACGGUAGUUACCGUAUUUAUUCGAUUAACCGCCCUGGGCGCUUAUUAAAGGUGGACUCUUGAGAGAGGGCGCUUAUUCGAGGCUGGGCGCUUAGUAAAUUUUUACCAUUUUCAGCAAGUGAAGUAUGUUUAUUUUGCAACAAAACAAUAAAUGCUAAUAACAAAACGCGAAGAAGUAACAAAGCAAGGUUUCUGUAAAAUACUCUGAAGAAAACUUUGUCCUCGCGGAAGUCUCUUAUUAGAAUUUAUUCACUCAAGUGGGUGAGGUGGGGGCGAGCGCUUAUUUGAGUUUGAUUGAAAGGAGGAGGGGUGGGCGCUUAUUCGAGGCUGUGCGCUUAUUAACUUUUUCUGCCUUUAGGAUGGGUGCUUAUUCGAGGUGGGCGCUAAUUCGAGUUGGAUGCCUAUUCGAAUAAAUACGGUAUUUUGAUCUUUUAAUGCCUGAAAGGCUUGCCAACGGCUUCUAUAAGCUUCCUUUCAACACUCCAAGGCUGCAAAGACAAACUCCAUCACCCUAAAUUGUUUGUGUAGAAGAUCACGUUUAACGACAAAAAGAAAGAGAAAAAAAAUGAGUUAAUUAGCACAGCUGCCUUUGCGGAACUGUGGCAAUGCCAAAACGUAAGUAAAAACGUUAAAGCUAGCACUGAAUAAACUGCAAAACAAUAGGCGAUGCCUACGAUGUGAUCUUGCCGUCAUAUUUUCCCAACUUCCCAACUUUUAACAAGAGACAUGGAUAAUGUCGACAACUAUCGAUCCGUUGUGGAAGAUUGUUUCGAACUUUUAACGACUCUGCGUCACUUAAGGCGGCUCGACAGCGUUUUUAAGGAUCAAUGCCUCCCAAGUUUGAGCAUAAACUUCGACGCCAUUAACAAAGGUUUGAAAAAAUUACCAUCGCAGCUGUAUUAGAUAAAGAUGAAAAUUUCUUAUGAUCAGGCCGGCUUGCAAUGACAUUGGAGUUCUCAUAGCAACGUAAUGACGCCAUUACCUAUUUUACUUGCAGCCGUAGUUCUCGGCAAUGGGAACCCAGUGUUCUUCUAAACUCGUUGAAGGGAGAUUUUUUCUCCAAUAGCUGCCUCGAUUUUCGUGACGUUUAAGCGAAAUCUAUAACAGCUUUAUCGAGAUAUUUAGGGGUGAAGUUUUUAUGGUUAGAAAUACUGCGGUAAAAACUGGACAGUCUUGAUGUUCAGCCGUUAUCUGUAGGAAACGAAGCGCUUUUGAAAUGCAAUCUCACCUCAUAGUAGAUUCAAUCCUUUUAAAAACGUAUGAGAAAGAUCGUAGAGAUAGCUCUAGCCCAUUGCUAGAAGGAAGGAUUUCAUUAGUAUGUAUCGAGGAGCACUUGUUAGCGGUUUCGUACACAUUUUAGUCUGCUUUAACAAAUGAGCAAAUUAUUUUUAAACCGCUCGAUAGAUUUUUUCAAAAUUUGAGAUUCUCGAGGUCGCAAACCGUCGUUUUAUGAUCAUUAUAAGGCAUUAAAAUAUGGACAACAAGUGGGUAAUUUUUAGUUUGAAAUUUCGUGUUAACAAGUGAGAGCCUUUCAUUAUUCAGGGGUGUUGUCUCUAAGUUUCAUUUUCACGUGAACAACGGUAGCUAACAAUCCAUUUGAAAUGUGUAGAAAUGGUAGCUAUCGUUAUCCACGAAAAUAUGAAACUUGGAGACAAUACCCCUUAAUAAUGAUAGGCUCUCACUUGUAAACACGAAAUUUCUGACAAAAAGUAGCGAAUUGUAACCUUUAUUUUACUCUCUUACAAUAAAUAAAUAAUCUUGAAACUCAAAGGUCAUAUAAAACAACGGUUAAUCUCGAGAAUGUCAAAUUUUUAAAAAUAUCGAUCGAGCGGUUUAAAAUUCUUCGCUUAUUUGUUAAAGUAGACCAAAAUGUUACCAAGCCGCUAACAAGAGCACCUCGAUACAUACUAAUCAAAUCCCUCUUUCUAGCGACUCCAAACUAGCCACAAGCUUCGGGGAGCUUUUCUUCAUUUUCCAAAAAACCUGCCUUAAUCUAAAAGUAUGCCAUAUACUUCCUUCAUGAAUAUUGUCUGUUGUUUAUUUCUUUAAAUCAUCGUUUCAUUACUUAAGGUUGAGUAAUGUAAAAUUUUAGUAGGGCCGGUAUUUUCAAUGUGUCUACUUGUUUGUAACAUGGCCAGUCUCGAAAGCACUGCCAGCGAACAAGGUAAAGACUGGUUGCCCGCAUUGAAAAAAUACUUCUGGUCAUAUCAUCAAUCUUUUUUUCUGACCAAGCUUAUUUGAAUAUUGGCCUCUUUCUCAUGUGGCUGUAUUCAUUUCUGACGUCUUUUUAUCAUCUUAUUAGGUUCCUAAGUCAAGCAAAACAUGCGAAUGUGGUCACGUGUUUGAGGAUGUGAAGCAAAUCGCAGGAAAAAGAUUUUCAGGUCAGACUCGAUAUCACAGGGUACGGAGCGUUUUCUCUCACGUGACCAUCAUCUAUGCUAAUUUAAAUCAGAAAUGAGUUUAACGCCCAUAGGAUUGUCUUGGUAAACUAACAUGGCCGCCGUUUCACUGUUUUGGAACACCAAUAUGGCCGCCGUGACGUCAUGUGAAAACGCUCUUUAGACAUUUCUCUUGUGCUUCAACUUUAAAUAUAUUUUGCACCACGUGUAUUAAGUCAGUUUUACGAUUUUUUUGGUUUCUAGAAUAUCGAGCAGAGUUGUACUGGAGAUUAGAAAACAAACGCAUGGAGAAGUUGUCAAAAGAAAAUACGCCAUGUAACGGAGAUCAAGCAGUAGACCAAAACAACAAUGCCGACAAUUAUAAAAGCAAGGAAGUGGGCGAAAAGGUCAGUAAACUAAGAAAAAUGACAGGGAGGUCGAACAAGCUAAAGUAUCUGCAAGGGAAAAAUGAUAUCUAACUCAGAUAUCUAACGAGCCUCCCCGUAUAAAACUUCGUUGAGUAGCCCCCCACCCUCUUGGAUUGACCGAUGAAUGGGCGGAUUGAUAUCUAACUAACCCACGAACUGACAAAUGACGCAAGGAUGGCCUGAUGCAUACUUUCAUAUCAUAGCAGCCCGCCAAGAUAGCCUCCCACUGAGAGGUUCUCUUAGCUCGAUGACGCAAUGAUCGUUGAUGGGACAUAUACCUCUGAGCAGGAGGGCUGGGAGGCUAUCCGGUGGACUGAUAGACUGAAUCAGCUUUGGACUAAGAAAAUGGCACACAUACGAACUGACUGACUGCAAUGCCGAUGAAUGGGAUACUUGUCUGCAACUGGAGCAGGCUGAUCGUCAAAUUCAAUAUAGUAUUCAUAUUUGUGUGCUUUUAGAAAAUAUUUAUGAAUGCUUUGUCUUAGAAAAUAUAACAUAAAGCAAAUUGCACUUGUUAAAUUCCUGAAACAACAAGCAAGUAAGUAAUUUUAACCUUUUGGCUGGUAGAUGUUGCGGUGAUUGAUUGUGCCUGAGUUCUAAAGUUUGUUCAAUUCACUUUUUUUCUAACUUCUUGCUAUGUGAUUGUCUUACUUACUUAAUGGUUAAAAAUCAAGGUCUGACUGACUGAAUGCUUCCACUAAUUAAGUUGAUUUUCGAAUUAUAAAAAGGUCGUCGACAAGCCAGCUGCUUCCAUAGCAGCGCCAGCCAAGGUGUCAAAGAAAAGCCGACUGUUUCAGCGGCGGGUGGAGGGGCUGUAUCCAACAAAAAAGAAACCUACCAAGACACCAUACAUGAAGUACUCAAGCUUGGAAGACAGGAGAACGGUCUCAACUGAAGAAAUGCGCAGGUUUUCCAAAGCUCUUGAGGAAAUUAACAAAAAGAUUCACUUCCAGAAUCUAGUGUGGAAAUUAAGCAGUUAAGCUAAGUACAUCCGGCCGCCAACACCAGACUGGAACAGGAGUGAGAACUGCGUACAUUUGCAGGAAUUACUAGUUAUAUUCUGCUGUACUUACUGACAAUAACUAUUAAUUCAUUCUAUUUAAUUACAUCUGUUCCCUGCGUUCAAGAACCGGUACAAUCACGGCAUGGUCAUCAUCAGUCACCAUGUUUCUCAACAGCAUACUUUUGACAAUCACAGUGAUGGAGUACCGUGGAGGUGUUUCAGUACUUAUUACAGUGCUAUGGAGGUGUUUCAGUACUUAAUUUACAUUUUUUAUCAGUUUCAGGCUACUUUCACACGGCACAGGACGAAUGUUGGACCGGCUGAAAAAAAUUGACCACGUAUUUAUGCCUUUGUCGUACAAAAAUCAGCUAGACCUUUAUGGUAUUCACAAAAGUUUUGUCCUAAAUUUUUGAGCUCGAUUUUCCCGUUUAAAUUUUUUAACGGUUAGGCGUCUAAAUGUUUGGCGGAACUGUUAGAGUGGUUACGUGUGAACGAACAGACAAAUUUUCUACCGAUCAAAUAUUUGACCAGUACCGUGCGAAUCUGGCCUUAAAGUUGUGCUCCAUGUCAGACUCAAGCCGUAGAUGUUUCGAUGCGCCUGCGAUUCUCCCCACCUCCGAGUUGAGACGUAAUUUAAAUUGGCUAAUCAAAGGGAGCCCGUAGAAAUUUGCAGGGUAUAAAUUAAAGGAAAUCACAGUAAACAAGGUUAAAAAUUGUUGUAGAUAUUCAAAGGAUACUAAAGAUGGCGUACAAAAAGUAUGAAAAUGCUUUCUCUUUGCCCGUUUAACGUAAAGAUGCCACGGACAAGCACAUAACCCGUAAGCCCAGCCAUGAAACGUGGAGAAUCGCGGCGAGCCCUUCAGUAAAAUAAGGAACGUUUGUAGACUUAAAAAAUCGCUUGAAAGUCGUAACUGACCGGUCUAACACAGCGGCACCACAUUAAAAGCGCCCAAAUCUGGUUUAGAUUAAAUAGUCUACUAUUAGGCUCUGGCAUUCACAGCCAUAGCUGUUGUUGCUUUUACGUGAAGCGUUUCUUCCGGAUCAAGCCAGGAGUAGUCCGCGGAAAGUACGAAUGUGUUGUAACUUUGAGCUAAAUCCCCAUUGGCGAAAAAUGUCUGAUUGGUCGAUAGGCGACCAGGUGACAUAGAGUAAAUUCAACAUGGCGGAGCAUGCGUAGACAUUUUUCGCCGGUGAACUUUUUCUAGACUGUGGUUUCCUGGUCAAGCAAAGCUUCAAGACAAUGUUGAGAGCUACAAAGCUGAGUUUACGAUAACUAGAA